AUGAUCCCCGAAGCCACAUAUAUUGGUUUUCAUACUAUCACAGUAGAUUAUGCAGACUCUAUUGUUCACAGCGAAUUUAGAGCAAGUGACAAAGGCAUGCUCGGCAAAUGUGUAUAUUUUGCUCGAUCUAUCGCAGAUACGAUUGGUAAAGCACAAUGUGAGGGUGGUGCUUGUAUAAUUGCCAAGAUUCGAAUGGGUAAAGUAUUUGAAUUUGAUAAACAAACGAUCUACUCAACUGGAAAAAGUACACAACGUGAUCAGCAAUUGUAUCAUUUUGUAAGAUUCUCUGAAUGGCACAAAGAUUAUGAUACAUGGUACAUGAAUCAUGAAAAUGCAAAUAAAGACGAGUUUUGUAUUAAAGAUCCGAAGAAACAAAUUAUCGAAUGGGUGGUGAUGGUGGUUGAUAAAGAAAAAGAUCCAAAAGUUGAACAAUAUGGACUUGACAUUGAAUUUGACUCAACAGAAUGCUAUUGCAUUUAA